CUGGUGUGAACCCGCGGAGCAUUCUGGGUACUGUCAUGGUGGCUGCGCGCUGGCUGUGACCGAAACGUUUCAUUACCGACUUCUCGUUUUGUUCCCCGUUUUAAACAUUUAACUUAAAGUUUGGGACGUAAAACUUUUGUGGAAAUGGCGUCCACCGCGGCAGGUAAACAGCGGAUACCGAAGGUGGCGAAGGUGAAGAAUAAAGCUCCGGCCGAGGUUCAGAUCACUGCCGAGCAGCUGCUGAGGGAAGCCAAAGAGAGGGAGCUCGAGCUUCUGCCACCUCCACCGAAACAGAAGAUCACCGAUGAGGAGGAGCUGAAUGAUUACAAACUCAGGAAGAGGAAGGGGUUUGAGGACAACAUCCGAAAGAAUCGUACCGUCAUCAGUAACUGGAUAAAAUACGCACAAUGGGAGGAGAGCCUGAAAGAGGUCCAGAGGGCUCGUUCCAUUUACGAGCGAGCGUUGGACGUGGAUCACAGGAACAUCACUCUGUGGCUGAAGUACGCCGAGAUGGAGAUGAAGAGCCGCCAGGUGAACCACGCCCGCAACAUCUGGGACAGAGCCAUCACCAUCCUCCCACGAGUCAACCAGUUCUGGUACAAGUACACGUACAUGGAGGAGAUGCUGGGGAACGCUCCGGGCUGCAGGCAGGUGUUCGAGCGCUGGAUGGAGUGACCCGAUGAGCAGGCCUGGCACUCGUUCAUCAACUUUGAGCUGCGCUACAAGGAAGUGGACAAAGCCCGCAGUAUUUAUGAGCGAUUCGUCAUGGUUCACCCUGAAGUGAAGAACUGGAUCAAGUACGCCCGCUUUGAAGAGAAGCACGGCUACAUCGCCCACGGCAGGAAGGUGUACGAGAGGGCGGUGGAGUUCUUCGGGGAGGAUCAUCUGGAGGAAAAUCUCUUUGUGUCCUUUGCCAAGUUUGAGGAGAUACAGAAAGAGUUUGAGCGCGUUCGGGUGAUCUACAAGUACGCUCUGGACAGAAUCCCCAAACACCAAGCUCAGGAGCUCUUCAAGUACUACACCAUGUUCGAGAAGAAGUUUGGAGACCGCCGAGGAAUCGAGGACGUCAUCGUCAGCAAAAGAAGGUUCCAGUACGAGGAGGAAGUCAAGGCGAACCCACACAACUACGACGCCUGGUUCGAUUACCUCCGCCUGGUGGAAAACGACGCCGACCCCGACACAGUGAGAGAGGUUUAUGAGCGAGCCAUCGCCAACAUCCCCCCGAUCCAGGAGAAGAGACACUGGAAGAGAUACAUCUACCUGUGGAUCAACUACGCCCUGUACGAAGAGCUGGAGGUCAAGGAUCCAGAGAGGACGAGGCAGGUGUACCAGGCCAGUCUGGACCUCAUCCCUCACAAAAAGUUCACAUUCGCUAAGAUUUGGCUGCUCUACGCUCAGUUUGAGAUCCGGCAGAAGAACCUGCAGGGAGCCAGAAAAGUCAUGGGCACGGCGAUCGGUAAAUGCCCGAAGAACAAGCUGCUGAAGGGCUACAUCGAGCUGGAGCUGCAGCUGCGAGAGUUCGACCGCUGCAGGAAGCUGUACGAGAAAUACCUGGAGUUCAGUCCGGAGAACUGCACCACCUGGAUCAAGUUCGCAGAGCUGGAGACCAUCCUGGGAGACAUGGACCGAGCCCGCGGCAUCUUCGAGCUCGCCAUCGGACAACCGCGGCUCGACAUGCCAGAGGUGCUGUGGAAGUCCUACAUCGACUUUGAGAUCGAGCAGGAAGAGUUUGGAAACACCAGAAACCUUUACAAAAGGCUGCUGCAGCGCACCCAGCAUGUCAAGGUUUGGAUCAGCUGCGCCAAGUUCGAGCUGUCGAUCGAAGGCCCCGACCGGCUGCAGAAGUGUCGGCAGAUCUUCGAGGAGGCCAACAAGAGCAUGAGGAGCUGCGAGGAGAAGGAGGAGCGCCUCAUGCUGCUCGAGUCCUGGAGCGACUUCGAGAAGGAGUUCGGCUCCGACAGCUCCAUGGACAGAGUGAGGAAGCUGCUGCCGGAGAAGGUGAAGAAGAGGAGGAAGCUGACGGCCGAGGACGGGUCGGACGCAGGCUGGGAGGAGUACUACGACUACAUCUUCCCCGAGGACGCCGCCAACCAGCCCAACCUCAAACUGCUGGCCAUGGCCAAGAUGUGGAAGAGGCAGCAGAUAGUGGAAGAGGAGGAGGAGGAGGAAGACGAGGAGGCUGCAGAAAAAGAUCCGGCGGCUGAAGAGAGCACUUCACAGUCCUCUGACACGCCUCCAGACGCUCCUGAACAGCAGCCGGAAAACGACGCCGAGAGAAACACAGAGGCGACGGAAACAGAGCGGGAGAAGACGUAUGAUGACCGAGACGAUGACGGCAGCAGCAGCAGCAGCGAGAGUGACAGUGAUGAUGAUGGUGGAGAGAAAGAGGUGAAGGAGCGAAGCAAGAGUGGAGAAGAAGAGAAAGACUAGAACCACUUUCAACCUGGACUGAUUUUUCUACUCAGUUUCUUUUUUUAACAAAAAGCAGCUGUGGAGCCGUCUUUAAUGUACCACCAUGUUUCCCUUUUGCAGCUGUGACAUCAUACAAACAUCGAUCCAAACAUCGCUUGUCGUCGUCGUCUUUUAUUCUGCAAAGUUUAUUGAACCGAACAUGUUCAGGGAUUUAAAUGUGUACAAUCAGUGGCUCUCUGACGAUGAGGCGUAGAGUAACGGUAAAGAAAUAUAUGUACAAAGUAAACCGAGCAGGAAGCUGUGAUUCAAUGAUCCACGUGUGAUUAUCGGGUGUGCAGAGAGCCACCGUCUACUGUUACUCGAUGUCUUCUGGUCUGACAGGAUGCGGCAGCGGGAUGAUCGACUUCUUCUCCGUGUCUCUGGACAAAGCUUUCCUCAUAUCUGAAAAAUGGAAGAAAGAUAAAAGAGCAAUUUUGAUAAAUAA